AUGACUUCGAUAGGUACAGGCUACGAUCUCGCUAACUCCAUCUUCUCCCCCGAUGGCCGCAACUUCCAAGUCGAGUACGCCGUAAAGGCAGUUGAGAAUGGCGGGACCUCGGUCGGUAUCCGGUGCAAGGACGGCGUGGUGCUGGCCGUCGAAAAGCUCGUCACAUCCAAGCUACUCAAACCGAAUGCCAACAAGCGCAUUGCAACAGUCGACAGGCACCUAGGUGUUGUAUACUCAGGCAUGAUCCCCGACGGCCGGCACUUUAUCGAGCGCGCGCGCGACGAGGCCCGUUCCUGGCGCGACACCUUCAAGACACCCAUCGCGACAGCCGACUUGGCCUCGCGCAUGGGAGGCUACCUGCAGGCAUACACGCUAUACCAGUCCGUACGUCCAUUCGGUAUCACCGCCAUCGUCGGUGGCUUCGACAGCACGGCCGAGCUACCGGUCGAUGGCGAAGUUGGCUCGGGCCCCUCGGUCGGUGCCGGUGGGAAAGUCGCCGGCAAGACCCACGGCGGUCCCGGCCUCUACAUGAUCGAGCCGUCUGGUCUUUACUGGGGCUACUACGGAGCUGCUACCGGCAAGGGCCGGCAAGCGGCCAAAGCGGAGCUGGAGAAGCUAGACCUGGGCGGUCCUGGGGGGCCCGCGCUGACGCUGGAGGAGGCUGUCAAGGAGGCGGCGCGGAUUAUUUAUGUUGCGCAUGACGAUGACAAGGAGUUUGAGCUGGAGAUGACGUGGAUUAGCGGGUCAGAUGGCCCGACUAAGGGGUUGCAUCAAGAGGUGCCUAAGGCGCUGCGGGAGGAGGCAGAGCGGUUGGCGAAGAAGGCGCAGGAGGACAAGGUGGAUGAGUAA